AUGCUCGCCCAGAGGAACGGCCCAGUGCCUCUCAAGGAUGUCUGUGAAAUGUUGGAUGUGGAAGUGACGGCUGAAGGGUGCUGCUCGCUGUCCCGGUCCUCCCCGUCGUCCGGAGGCUGUCCGUGGGCUCGCCUAGCCGGGGUGGACGGGUGCCUGUCCGAGCCCUACUGUCUGUGGUUCCAGCUGUUAGCCAGAGCGUACUGGGGGGACGUGGAGAUCGGACUCAGCUGUCCCAACCGCACUGUGUCCUGGGCCCGGCUGAGGGAGGGUGUCCGGUCCAGGGCUAAACAGAAGGAUGGCCGGGACCAGAGCGAGGCCUCGGUCCUGGGUUCUCCGGUCCCGGACGAGGAGCCGUUCUCGUGGCCUGGACCCAAGACUCUGCACUUGCUCCGGACCUCACAGGGAUUCGGCUUCACCCUGCGCCACUUCAUCGUCUACCCCCCAGAGUCUGCGGUACACAACUCUCUCAAGGAUGAAGACAGCAGCAGCCGAGGUGAGUUUGAAAACUAA